AUGUCAACACAACCCAUUUCAGCUUUGGUUCCGGGCAUUCAGCCCACUUCCUACGUCGGAUUUGAUACUAUUACUAGUCAGAUCGAACACCGUCUUUUGAAAAAAGGUUUCCAGUUUAAUAUAAUGGUGGUAGGUCACUCUGGUUUGGGUAAGAGUACCUUGAUCAAUACAUUGUUCGCGUCGCAUUUGAUUGAUUCUGUGACUGGUUCUGAUAUUACUACUGAGCCCAUUUCUAAAACUACAGAAAUCAAAGUGUCUUCUCACUCUUUGAUUGAAGAUAGAGUUCGUUUAAAUAUCAACGUCAUCGAUACGCCCGGUUUUGGUGAUCAGAUAGAUAACAACAAAGUAUGGGAGCCAAUAGUCAAAUAUAUCAAGGAGCAGUAUUCUCAAUAUCUGCGCAAAGAGUUGACUGCACAGCGAGAAAAGUACAUUAAUGACACCCGUGUUCACGCAGUAUUGUACUUUAUACAACCUAACGGUAAGGGCUUGACUGCAUUGGAUAUCGCUACCUUGAAGAGGCUGACCGAAAUUGCCAACGUCAUCCCAGUCAUAGGUAAGGCUGAUACUUUGACUUUGGAAGAAAGGCUACAGUUUCGAGAGAAUGUACAGGCUGAAUUCAAGAAACAUAACUUCAGAAUCUAUCCCUAUGAUGCUGAUGAACUCAAUGAAGAAGAACUGGAAUUGAACGAAAGCAUUAGAUCUAUCAUCCCAUUUGCAGUGGUUGGCUCUGAAAAAGAGAUUGAGAUAAAUGGAGAGAUAGUAAGAGGAAGAAAGACGCGCUGGGGAGCAAUUAAUGUCGAAGAUAUUAAUCAAUGCGAGUUUGUUUAUCUGAGGGAGUUUUUAGUCAGAACCCACAUGCAAGAUUUGAUUGAGAGUACCGCUUUCACACACUAUGAGGGAUUCAGAGCCAGACAAUUGAUCGCUUUGAAGGAAAAUGCAAGCAGUCGUACUUCUGCACCAGUCUCAAACAACUGGGCUUAUCAGCGUUAG